AUGUCCCGCGACCAUGGGCAUGUGCUUCCCGGUAUCGAUACCGGCGGCAGCGACCUUGGAAUUCCACUCCACUCCCCCGAGCUCGACACUAGCGCAACCGCUGCUUCUGUCAGCACUGGCUCGACUGGUGGCAGGUCGCCACCCGUGCCCGCCGCUGCCUUGGACUUGCCCACGCCCAUAACGCCCAUGCAACCAAACGUCCCGAAGGUCCGCAAGGCCAGUCCAUCGCCGCUCUCCGGUGCUACAGCUACCAGUCCUGCUACCAACGAGAAAGUUGCACCUGUACCUGCAACUGCCGGCAGGAGCCAGAAGUACCCGCCCGCGCCGCCGUUUACACUCCCGGCGAUCAACGCAGCGGGAGGAAGCUACACCCUCCCCAUGGACCGCCCGGUCGCCAUCUUCUUCUAUCCCGAAGCUCUGACUUACGGAUGCACCAAGGAAGCCUGUUCAUUCCGUGACGCCGAACUCGACGGCGUCGAAAUCGUUGGCAUGUCUCGAGACCCGCUUCCCAAGUUGCAGAAGUUUGCGGACAAGGAGCAUCUCAAGUAUACCCUCGCAUCGGACGAGGACGGAAAAGUCCACCAGGCGUAUGGCAUUGGCAAGGCCCUCUUUGGCCUCGUUCCGGAGCGCAAGACGGUAUUUAUCGCCAAAGGCGUCAUUCGAGGCGAGCACGCCGCCAACGUAUCGUUGAACUUUGCUUCGCACCCCAAGUUUGUCCAGGAGGAGAUGAAACGACUGCAGACAGAGACAAAGGCUUAA